AUGAAACUGGAAGAAUUCAAAGAAUCACCUGAGAAGUCUGAUAGUGUUGUUGUGGAACAGGCCAGUGUAAAUGAUAAUGUCGUCCUGUCCAUAGAUCGUAAGCACAGAUGUUCUGAGGGGGAUGACGAUAAUGAAAGUGGUCAAAAUGGCACUGGACCAAGCGAACCAAAACGUCAGUGUUUAUCUGCCUCCCAGGAUAUCAAUAAUGACAAUGUUGUGAAGGUGGAUCAUGAAUUUCAGUAUUGGUUUGUGUUCACUGUAGUGACAGCCGGUAGACAAGGCAGUGAAUUGGGGGCCGAUCAAACUCCGCUUGUUCAGUUCAAUGGAGUACUGGGUGACUUCUGCACCAAUAAAAUUAUUGAUCGGAUCACGAUAAAUCUUCAUCCUGAAAGCCUAACAAGAGUUUAUCAAUGUUCAACAGAUUCGACUGACAAAAUAUCGCACUCUCAAAUGAAUACAAACAGCAAUAACAAUAUUAAUAAUAAUAAUAACCACUUUAGAGGUGAAUUUCAAACUCAUACCGACUGGAAUAUAACUAGUCAUCCGACAUCUCUGAAUACAUCAGUCUCUCCGUCUACAAUAGAAUCGGGUAAAUACACAACAUCAACGCAUGUAAAUAUAUCAGCAGAAGCCCAAGAAGCUAUAGGUUUACAAGAUAUUGGACACGUUGAACAAAAUGCUUUGAAUUUCAAAGAGUCAGUCAAAAAAAUUUUACAUUGGUUACAAGAAAAUGGGGUGUCUGUUGACCAGCAUACUGACAAUAAGCCAAAUAUCCUACUGAUUACAGAGAAUCAUCAAUCUGUACGGAAUGUACUACACGCUGAAGCUGCCUAUCGUGGUUUGGAUGGUGAACUAAUGAAUCGGUCGCCUUGGCUAGUGUAUAAGGAUAUAAUUGGCUGUUGUGAACAAUUCAUUCAUCAUAAGAAGGACAGAGUUGAUGAUGUUGGGGAUAGGGAAGAACAACAAGAAAAAGAAAGUAAAGAAGCCCAGUUACAAAAUUUAUUUGAAGCUGCCCGUGCAUUAGAUAUUACAUGUGAAGAAACUAAAGUUGCCUCUGUUAAAGCUGACCUAAUGGCCAAUGUAAUGAUCAGCCUGACUGAGAAGGGUUAUCGAGUGAAAAACCCUGAAUUUGUACAUUACAACUAUGAGCAUAAAACAUUUUCACGAAAACUGAAAAUCGACGAUAGUCAAGUUGUUGAAAUUCGUCAAGUUCCAUGGACUGCAACUCCGGCUACAAUAGCUCAUUAUUUUGCUGGUCUUAAUGUUUAUCCCGGGGGUGUAGCUAUUCGUUUAACCGAUGGACGACGUAGUAAUACAGCUAUUGUAGCAUUCAGUGAUAAAAUGAAUGCUCAACUUGCACUGGCUAGAAAUCAACAUCAAUUGUGUGGUUCAUUGAUUGGAGAGCAUGUAAAUAGUACAACAGAUGUAAAUAACCUACCAUUGUUGACCAAUCAUAUUGCGAAUAGCAAUAAUAAUAACAGUGGUGCUUGUAAUUAUAAUUAUAAUAAUCGAAGUGAAUGCUCAAUGGACGGUGUACAAUUACAACAACAGCAACAGACUACAAGUACGAACACAAAACCAGUCUACCUACAGAUUCACCCAGCUACUGGAAGAGAAUUUGUUCAAUGUACUGGCUGUGAUCAAGAAUGUGUAACAAACUUUUUAAAUCAGCUGACCAGUGGAGAACAAGUUGUUGUACGCAUACGUGGUCUACCGUAUACAACAACUAAAAAACAGAUUGUGGAAUUUUUCAAACCUGUUCAAGUGUCAGUUAUGCUUGAAGAAGAAGGCGUCUAUUUGGUUGCCUAUCCUGAUCGACGUCCAACUGGUGAUGCAUUUGUAUUAUUCAGCGAUGAUUAUACAGCUACUAAAGCAUUGGGACGUCAUAAAGACUACUUGGGUGAUAGAUAUGUGGAGCUGUUUAAAGCAUCACCGUCUGAAAUGGUCCAGGUUUGUUAUAAUGUAACCCAAGUGCACAGUUCAAAUGCAUCGCAUAAAAAUCAUUCAGCUAUACUGGAUUAUCAUCAAACAAAUCCAAGAACAAGUAUCAUCACCUCGUUAACUUCGAAUGGAGGAGGAACACUGACGCCUGCCAACUGUUCAAAUUUGAUGAACUUCAUAAGUAACAAUAAUAGUAAUAAUAGCAAUGGGAAUUUAACUAAUGGAAGUAUUAUCAAUAGUAAUAUUAAUAAUAAUAUUACUAAUAAAGAAGCCCAUUUAAAUCGAACUCUGAACCAGCUAAAAUCUGUCAUGAGCUCUGGUGCCUUAUCCAAUUUAUCAAAUCUAUGGAAUUCUAGUCUACUUCCCUUAGGUUUAUCACACCAUUUGUUGACACCACUUAGUGAAACAGGCUUAAAUGGUGGUAAUAUAAUCACAAAUAAUGGUACAUCCAGCCUACCGUCAACACUUCCAUUAGCCUCAACAACUGAUCCUUCAACUCACUUGAAUCAUCUCCUAUCAAGUAUUUCUGUUGUAAAUCCUGUUAUUCGUGAUCUAACCGACCCUACGGAUCCGGAAUGUCCAUUUGCCAGACCUCUACCUAUCGGUGGAGCAUGUGCUAUGGUCCAGUUGAAUGAAUUACCGCUAGAAACAUCAAGACAUGAUAUACGAUUGUAUUUGGGACCGGCAAAUUUUGCAAAAGUUUAUCGAAUGAGAAGAAUGGAAAAUUUGCCCAACAGUCAUACGUCCACAUGGUUGCUAUCCUUGAUCAAUACAAAUGAAGCUAUCCAAUUCAUUCGAGAUUUAGUCAAUAGAACAUUCACAAUAACUACUGUAGGUGGUGUUUGUAAUCGUGGACAUACUUCAAAUACUACUACUACUAACAAUAAUAAUAGUAAUAGUAAUAAUGGAAAUAAGCAAAUGAAAAUUCUGUCAAAUAUUCCCACGUUUGCACUUUAUAGCGUUAAUCAAGAGGGUAAGCUAUCAGUGAUUAUCUUGUCAGAUAUUGGUCUUGGCAUUCCACUGCAUAGGAUACAUCCAACAUCUUGCGGAAGAUUACCACAACCAGCAGUUGUAACAGUGGCGGGAGCACCGACGGCGGCAUCAUCGAAUAAUGAGACUGUCAGUAUUAGUAAUAACAAUAAUAAUAACAGUAAUAAUAAUUUGAAUUGGUCACAACAUCAGCAACAACAAUCAAUAAAGUUUCCAAUAACAACAAAAUAUGAUGAUCAAAAUAUACUGAAUACUGUUACUUCACCCGUUCAACUGUCAGAUCCACAUUCAGUCUUAAAACGAUUAACUCAACCAGUCAGAAAUUUCGAUAUAUCGCAUUUUAUCAAUUCAAUACCUGGUCUAAAUCUUCAAUCUCCAGUCAACACUCAAGAUCAAGAAGGAUUAUUGCUACCAACCAGUCUUAUACCUUCAACAAAUCAAGGAAGUUCAUGCAUUCCAUUGGAUCCUAAACUUCCAACAAUUGUAAAUGAUGCCUCAAUAGCUCAAAAUCGAUUCAGUCAAUCAGGUUUGACAGCAUCUAUGGUUAUGCUAACCGGUGCUCCGGUUGAUGCAACACAAGAAGAAUUAGCAUCAUUAUUCAAUCCUGUUCGUCAUCUACUGACGGCUCAGCCAUACUUUAUACCAUUUCAAUAUCAACCAAAUGGUACAGCUAAUUUUCUAGCCUGUUUUAACAAUCCACUCGAUGCACAAACAGCAGUACAUUACUGUCCAAAUGGUAGUCUGCGAUCAAGUCAAUAUAUAAUAGGAGCAGCAUGUUUAAUACCGCCAACAAAUAUGAUAACGUUGACAGCGAAUAAAAAUUAUCCUAUAACACCAGUAAAUAUACUUCCUGUUAAUACAACAAAUAUGUUAUUGCCUAAUAGCCUGAUGAACUCUUCAAAUCUUCCACAAAGGAAUGAUCUAUUCAAUUCAGGAAUUCUUUUCAUACCUCCAAAUUUAUCUUCACAAACAUCAGCAUCAUCAUCGCCAUCAUUACCAUCAACGACAACAACAACAACAACAACAAUAACACCACCAAUAUCUGUACUUCAUCCAAAUCAACUGCAUUUUCAAUGAUUUAUUCAGCAUGCCAUUGAGAUGAGUCUCUGCUUUUCUCAUCUUUCAAAUUAGUCACUUUAUUUUUUCACUGAAUUUGUAUUAGUGAUUUUGUUUUUGGGGUUUUUUUAUAGUGUGUUGAGAUACCUCGCCUUGUUUUUUUCUCUCUCAAUGUUUCAUCUUUUCUCCUUUCUUCAUUUUUUUCUUUGUACAUGAUGAAAACGCAUAAAAACACGAACAAAAACAACAGAACAGCAGCAACAACAAUAAUCACAGUGUAACACAGGUUCCUUUAUUCAACUUUGAAAGUGUGUGU